AUGAUCCGAUCCAUGAUCCGUGAUCUGAUCCGUGAUUCAGUCCGUGAUCCUAUCCCUGACCAAGUCCGUUAUCCUAUCCCUGACCAAGUCCGUUAUCCGAUCCGUGAUCCGAUCCCAUCUGCUCCGGUCCAAUCCAAAUCAUUCUAGGGCAUUUUAGGACAUUUUAGAAAUCACUCAAGGUCAUGUUAGGCCACUUAGGGUCAUUUUAGGUCGUUUUAGGUCGUUUUAGAUCAUUUUAGGUCAUUUUAGGUCAUUUUAGGUCAUUCCUUGUUUUCGUAACUACCCCGGCAUUAUGCAUCUCGAGUAAACAGCAAAAUCACAAAUGGUCAGAGAAUAUUGUUCAAAUAAAACACUCCUGUGAAAUCAUUACCUCUAAGUGAAUGCCUUGUAAAUUUCCUAAAUUUCCUCUCCAGCGUUGGCCCAAGUAGCACAACUCGUCACACUGUCUUGAUCGGUCACAAUUCCUCUGUUUUUGACACUCCCACGCUAUUACGAUGUGCUGGGCUGGAUUUCAAACAAAUGCUUUCAUCGAUGAAUUUUUCCUUCGUGUACAGCCUUCACCUCCUCAAAACACUCACCAAAAAUAGACACACGUCGCUCAAUCUUGGAGGAAAAGCGCGCAAAAGCAAUCUUCCAUCUGUCUUUAAGACACUUUUUGACGAAUAUUUUCAAGCACACUAUGCUUUGGAAGGUGUGCGUGCUCUCAGACGCGUACUUUUUGAAUUCCCGCUGAAGUUGACAGAUGAAGAUAUUGUAAUCAACAUCAAUCUAAAGCCGGCCUCCUUCUCGACGAAAUGGUGUAAUUGAACGAACGUUUCGUACGUGUGCAAAAGUUCAUGGAUAAGUUCUUCUCACAAAGUGGCAACGGGCUCAUAAGGCAAAGCCUAAUUCAAAAACUUGCCGAAGGCGGCCUUUCGUAACAGGAUCUUCACCAUUCAUACUCAGGCGGUGGAAAAGAAGCAUUAGUGGCAGUUUUGAGACGGGCGCCAGCAGGAGCUAA